CUAAUUUUACAGUACUUAGUACUAAACUGUAAAGGAGGAAAGAAGAAAGAAGAUUAGUCCGGCCGGAAAAAAAAAGUUUUUAUAAAAUGAAUGUCACGGCGAAUGUAUUAAAAAGAUUAACAGUUGGAUCUGGAUCUACCGGAAUAAAAUUACAGUUUUUCCAAAGGUUGUUGCAUAUUUCUUCGGCUAAAAUGGUUAAAGUAGGUGACAGUAUUCCCAGUGUAGAUCUCUUUGAAGAUUUACCUACCAACAAAGUAAAUUUGGCUCAACUUUCUUCUGGAAAGAAGGUGAUACUAUUCGCUGUUCCAGGUGCAUUUACACCAGGAUGUUCUAAGACUCACUUACCCGGAUAUGUAAACAAAGCUGACGAGUUAAAGAGUCAAGGAGUCGGCGAGAUAGUAUGUGUAUCAGUAAAUGAUCCUUUCGUAAUGGCUGCUUGGGGCAAAGAACACAAAACUUCAGGAAAAGUACGAAUGCUUGCUGAUCCUUCCGCUGCUCUAGCCAAAGCUUUGGAUCUUUCGGUUGAUAUUGCUCCUCUAGGCGGAACCAGAAGCAAGAGAUAUUCUAUGGUUGUCGAAAAUGGUAAAAUUACUGCUUUACAAGUAGAACCUGAUGGUACCGGACUGUCAUGCUCUCUUGCAGAAGCUAUUAAGUUGUAAGCUAUUAUGUUAGGUAGAGUUUUAAGUUAAGUAAUAUUGGUUCUUCCUGGAGAUUAUUAUUGAAUAAAAUUCCCUUUUUAAGUACAGAAUAAAACAGAUUGAAAAUUGUA